GGGGGUAGCUCGCGCGCGCUGGGUGGGCGCUCCCCGCCUGAGGAGAAGCCGUCGCCAAUAUGGUGUUCUACUUUACAAGCCAUGUUGAUUCAUCUGUUUACACCAUUUACAUGGGAAAGGACAAAUAUGAAAAUGAAGAUCUGAUUAAGUAUGGGUGGCCAGAAGAUAUUUGGUUUCAUGUGGAUAAACUCUCUUCAGCUCACGUGUACCUCCGGCUACAUAAGGGAGAGACGAUGGAAGACAUACCAAAAGAAGUGCUAAUUGACUGUGCACAUCUUGUGAAGGCCAAUAGCAUUCAAGGCUGCAAGAUGAACAACAUUAAUGUGGUAUAUACGCCCUGGUCUAAUCUGAAGAAAACAGCUGACAUGGAUGUGGGACAGAUAGGCUUUCACAGGCAGAAGGAUGUGAAAAUUGUGACUGUGGAGAAAAAAGUGAAUGAGAUUCUUAACCGCCUGGAAAAGACAAAAGUGGAGCGAUUCCCAGACCUAGCAGCAGAGAAGGAAUCCCGGGACCGAGAGGAAAGGAAUGAAAAAAAAGCCCAGAUCCAAGAGAUGAAAAGGAAAGAGAAAGAAGAAAUGAAGAAGAAGAAGGAAAUGGAUGAACUUAGGAGUUAUUCUUCAUUAAUGAAGUCUGAGAAUAUGUCGUCAAACCAGGAUGGCAAUGACUCAGAUGAGUUCAUGUAGACUCAUUUGAACUUGGACAGACCCAGACGUUAUCAGAUGUGCUCCAAAUGCUAAAAAAAAAAACUUAUAAAAAUUCAACAGACUUUGAAGAUUUGCAAACUCUUGGACUGGCAUUAAAUUUCCAGGUGUGUGCCAUGGAGCCUGGAGAUGGCCUGGAACUGAAGGGAACUAAGAUGUGUUUUUGCCAGAAGAACAAGUGUCAUGGGUCUUCGUGAGAGUUAGCUGGGGCUCGCUUUUGGGAUGGGUUUUCUAAUCUGACCGGUUCAGGGAAGUGUUUGUACUGCUUUAGUAUUUCCCAGAAAGCAAAUGUCCUCAAAGACUGCCUCAAUUCUUUUAAUAUUUCUCCAGCGUGUCACAAAACGUAUUAAUGAUAGAAGGAAAUGAAAGGAGGGCAUCCAGGAAUAGAAAUGAAAUGCACAUGGGGAUUUGGGAUUGUAGAGGCUUUCGGGAUGGGGGCUUACAUUUCACUGAACUGAGAGAAAUAGGAGUCGGCGUUCAGCUGAGCAAAUUGCUUGGCUCCAGCUUCUUCCCAGUAGACCGGGCUGAGCACUGUGGAUGACUGCGUGCUGGGACCGCUCUUGCCCACUGACAGGUCACCUCCCAGUCUGAAAUAUGAGAGGGGCAUGUUGAUGCCAUUUUAGGACCCCCGAGGCUAUAAGAAAAACCUUGAAGGGUGACUCUUUUUAAAAGACCACCCUCCAAUUCACCAAAGUUCAAACUGAAAAUUGGUAAUGUAUUGUAACUCAGUUGGUCAAUAUCACAUCACCUGUAAAUGCUAGAAUAAAAAUGAAAUUAAAAUGAAAUGGAUACUGAAAAAUUCAA